AUGAAGUUCACCACAGUCUUCGGUCUCGCCGCUCUCGCAAGCACCGUCUCCGCCCGCUGGGAAAUCGCCCGCGGCGGCGAUUGCAGCACCUGCGCGGCCAAUUCGUGUAUUUACCGAGUUAGCGAUAUGCGUUCUGAUGGCAAAAUCGACUCCCAAUCCUCCGUCGGCUGCUACUCCGGCUCCGUCGCCAUCGACCGCGUGCUCGUCAACGUCCCCGGGCCUAGGUGCUCCAUCCGCUUCGAAGGGCCCGGUAACAGCUGCCGCCUAAACGGCAAGCCCGCCGGGUGGAACCCGCCCAUCGCUGCGAAGAAGACCACGAAGUAUGGGACAUCCCAGACGGUUGGGGGAGUGUGGUUUAGUAAGGGGUGUAGGUCGGGUGCGACUAUUAGGAGUGAGAUUAACAACUUUUUAUGCCACGCAACGUACAAUACAUUUAGUUCCCCUUGGCGAAUCGUCCAUCCCUUCUCAUGCGGAGGGAUGACCCGUUGCCCAUACGUAUACGCCGAGAACACAACUUCAUUGCGGACUCACGGCCAGAACUGCCAUUACUUUCUUUUGGGGGGAGACAGACUGGGCGGGCUUCAACUGGGGCAGGGUUUUGCGGCGGCGGCGGAUAAGUUCGGCAAAGGACUCCUCGUAGUAGUCGGCCCCAGCCUGCUGGAUGCCCCUCGACGUUGUUUCGGCCCAGUAAGGAUCCCCGCUGUUGGGCGAUGGGAGCUCAUCCAGUUCGUCGAUCGCUCGCUUCGAUGUUUGCGUGCUACGGGGCAGACGGUCCUUGUUGAAGGGUGCAAGUGGGGCCGACGUUCUCAUCCACCCAUCCCCCAUCCGUCGUCAUCAACGUUCGAAGGAUCGUUGCAGUUACUCUGGGCGCACCAAGCCAUCCGACGCCUUGUUUUCCCUGGCUAG